AUGGCCGAUGGUCGUUCGUUCUGGUUUUCCGAAAAUAAUUUAGUGGCUCUCGUUAAAAAAGGACAAAACGCAAAAAGUUAUAGAAGACAUGGAAGGGCUUAUUAUACAUUGUUAAUAGGUAUAUUGAGCGAUAUUGCCGAAAGUGGCGAAACUCCCACCGAGGAGCAAAGCGAACGAAAAUUAUGGGAAGAUUAUUUAAUUAACUUGGAAAAGAAACCGCAAACGACUUGGAUAAAAGGACAAGAAGAGGUGGUUGAAUUGGUAGAAGAUUUAAACUUAAAUAACUACCAACCGACCGAUAACCUGAUAUUUAAGCGGAUUAAUGACGAAGAAAAUGCCGAAAACCAAAAAAACAAAGCCGAAUAUCCCGAGUGGGACGCAAAAAUAAACGAGAUAAUUGGUGCUCCGCAACCCCAACACGAGGAAAUGACCACCGAGCAGCGAAUUGAGGAAUUUGUUGCUUUUUUGAUAACGGAUGACGAACCAGCCGAAAAAGCCAUUGACAAUAUUCAUAAAAUAGCCGUUAGCGAACAGGCUAUUUACGGUUCCAUAAAUGGAAAAUGA